AUGAGCAAGCCAAAGGCAAAAAUCGCACAAGUCCAAACGACGGGCAUAUACAAACCAGAUGCCAUAAGAGAUGUUGCAGAAUUGCAUGGUCUGAACAGCAUCUCAGACACCGUGGCUUCGGCUCUGGCUAGCGAUGUAGAGUACCGGAUACAUCAAGUGGUUGAGGAAGCCGCGCGGUUCAUGCGCCACGGGCGACGGACAACGUUGAGCACGGCGGACAUAGAGCAGGCGAUGCGCGUACUCAAUAUCGAGCCAUUAUACGGGCACUCGCCGUACAAUCCCCCGACGUUCAGACGCGCCCCUCCAUUCCCCCAAUCUGCCGCUGCUGGCACAGUACACUAUGUUGAGGACGAAGACAUUGACUUCGACCGCGUUCUGCGCGACGAGAAGAUCACUUUACCCAAAGGCGCCAACUGGACGGCUCAUUGGCUAGCAGUCGAAGGGGUACAACCUCUGAUCCCUGAAAAUCCUCCUGCUAUCCCUCGAGAAACGGAUCAAACGGACACGAAGACCAAUCAACUACCCAAUGGCAAUGGCUUCCCUUUGGCACCUUCCUCGCCGAACCGGGGCACCACAAUCAAACAGCAGCAGCAACAGCAGCAACAACAACAACUCGUGAAGCAAGUGCUGUCUCGAGAGCUGCAGCUUUACUACAAUCGCCUUAUUACUUCCCUUCUCCCCCCAACAUCCGAUGCUACCAAGCGAACAGCUGCGUUAGCGAGUCUCAGGCAAGAUGCAGGUCUGCAAGCACUUCUACCGUAUCUCAUAAGAUGGGUUGGCGAAGGAGUUGUAGGGGCGUUGAAGGAAGACCUUCAGAGCGAGGCUGAUGGCAAGGUGUUGGAGGUUCUACUGGAUGUUAUCAGCGCGUUGUUGGAGAACACAACACUUUUUGUGGAACCAUAUUUACAUCAAGUCCUACCCCCGAUUCUGUCCAUCCUUCUCCAUUCAUCCCUAGCGCCGUCUCAUGCAAUACAUCUGCGCACGGCGGCAGCUCAGACGCUCUCUCGGCUCCUAACGCAGCAUUCAACAACAUAUCCUUCCCUCGCCCCUCGUAUCAUGAAAACACUGCUUCUCGCCCUUGUCGCUCCUGGUAAGGGUAAGGGCACAAGGGAAGGUGCAAUACGAGGCUUGAUGGGAGUAGGGAAAGAGGCCAUCCGAAAAGGCCUUGUCGAAGGCGGAGGAGCGAGAGUCAUUGGUAGUGAGUGUUCUGGCCCAAAUGCCAACAGGUUGGACUCGAGGGCCUUAGCACAAUGUGUUAUCGACGCUCUUUCCAUGCUACACCCGCCGUCCGACAUGCCAGAAAAUCUCGACUUCACGAACCAAGCCGACGAACGAGUACGAGACAGAUUGCACGAAACACUCGGCGACUUCUUCGCAACAAAGAUCUCGGGCGACGCGACAUGGGCUCGAGGCAUCCUCGGUAUAUCUCGAGAUUAA